CCACUACUCCAUCUUGUCACUACUUGAGACGAGAAGGUCUCACACGACCACAAACAAUAUGAAUGUUUUUGUUUUGCUGCUCUUCCUGGGUAUCUCAUCAGCAGCGAAACAUUCUCUCAAAUACUUCCUCACCGCAACGUCGGGAAUGAAAAACUUCCCAGAGUUUGUGGGCGUGGCCAUGGUGGAUGACAUCCAGGUGGGCUACUGUGACAGCAACAUCCAGUCUGCGGAGCCCAAACAGGACUGGAUGAAGAAACUGGUCCAGGUUGAGCCCUAUCACUUGCACUGGUACAAGUUAAAGUGCUCCGGCAACCAGCAGGUCUUCAGAGCCAAACUUGAGGAUUUUAGUCGACGCUUAAACCAAUCUGGAGGCAGUCACAUCUUGCAGAGAAUGAACGGCUGUGAAAUAGACGACGAGACCGGAGAAGUGACGGGCUUCAAUCAGUACGGUUACGACGGCGAAGACUUCAUUGCGUUAAACCUGCAGACUUUGACGUGGACGGCCCCGAAACCACAAGCUUUCACCACCAAACUCCUUUGGGACACAGAGACGGCCCGACUUGAAUACAACAAGAACUACUACAUUUAUAGGUGCCCCGAGUGGCUGAAGAAAUACGUCCACUAUGGGAAGAGUGUCCUACAGAGAAAAGAACUUCCCUUGGUGUCUCUCCUCCAGAAGACUCCCACAUCGCCAGUCUGCUGCCAUGCCACCGGUUUCUACCCUUACAUGGCCAUGCUGUUCUGGAGGAGAGACGGUGAAGAGGUCCACAAUCAUGUGGAACAUGGUGAGAUCCUCCCCAACCACGACGGAACUUUCCAGAUGAGCGUCAACAUUAACAUGUCGUCCAUCCCGGACGCUGAGUGGGGGGAGUACGAGUGCGUGUUUACACUAGAUGGCGUCAAGGACCAGUUGGUCAUCAAACUGAACAAAACUGAGAUCAAAACCAACUGGGUUCCUCCCCCAAAGUUUCCCACUGGUCUCGUGUCUGGAGGUGUCUUGGUGCUGUUGCUCCUUCUGGCAGCCGCCAUGACUGGACUUUACUUUUGGAGAAGAAAAUAUAGCGGAUUCCAGCUUUCUAACAUGGGUCUUGAACUCGCGCCCCCACAAGCGCCAUCCCGAGCCUUUGCGGAAUGAGUCGUGCACACCGGAGGGGUUCCCAACGAAGUCUGUGAUGUCUGUGAAAGUACUGAAGGACCGGAAUUUUUUGAGGCAGCGAUCAUGACCGUCAUCCAUGCCGAUGAACAUGUCAGGACUGUACAUUUCAGGGUUUGAUGAAGAAGCACUCUGAAUUUUUUUUGUGAGUUUGUUUUUUGUUUUUUACGUGUGCUAAUGAGCAUAAUGAAGUUUCAGUGAAUAACAAGUUUUAAAACAUUAUGUAAAUUAUGAAAAUUAUUAUAUUGUAAAAAUGGUGACUAUUGAGGCUGGUAAAUGUUCAGCUCAGCACACUCACCAUUUUGACCAUUUUGAGUGCAGCAUUCAGGUACUGACAGUGCACUGCAUUUUACAGUACACUAGUGCACUCCAAACCCCAGAUGUAAAUGUGCAGUGGCUUUUAUUUUGAAAAUCCAUUUGCACUUCUUUAAAAUCUGUUGUUGUUUUUUUUUUGCUGUUUUGUGAUUUAUAGCUGAUACAUCCAUAUAGUCAGCUCAUGUCAAUGUAGACCCAUCCAUUUUCUACCGCUUUUAUGAUUGUGUUUUUAUAAAGCCUUAUGAACAUAUUAAAAUAUUUUGUAUCAAAAUGUAAUUCUAUCUCCUUCGCUGCUCUCAUUGCAUGACCGUUACUGCUGAGCUGUUGCAACAAGCGACUUCCCGUCUUACAGUAGGAGUGGGCGAUACUGUCAUGUUUUUGGUAUCAAUCCGAUACUGACACCUGAUGUUUCAUGAUCGCCGAUUGAUUUUGUGGAUUUGCCCCCUUUUUUUUGUGAUCAUGAUUGUA